CCUGUGUGGUCAUCUCACUGCGCCUUCCUGCGGUGCGCGGAGCCCGCGGCGCCGUCUGACUGACGUCACGGUUAUUGACAGGCUGCGGCGUCUGCUGCCAUGGUGGCUGGCGGCCGGGUGCAGCAUGUCUAGACUGGGGGCCCUGGGCGGUGCCCGUGCGGGUCUGGGACUGCUGCUGGGCACCGCCGCUGGCCUUGGAUUCCUGUGCGUCCUUUACAGCCAGCGAUGGAAACGGACCCAGCGCCAUGGUCGGAGCCAGAGCUUGCCCAACUCCCUGGACUACACGCAGACUUCAGAGCCCGGACGCCAGGUGAUGCUGUUGCGGGCCGUCCCAGGUGAGGCUGGAGAUGCUGCGGUGCUGCCCAGCCUUCCACAGGAAGGGCAGGAGAAGGUGCUGGACCGCCUGGACUUUGUGCUGACCAGUCUUGUGGCACUGCGGCGGGAAGUGGAAGAGCUGAGGCGUAGCCUGCAAGGGCUUGCUGGGGAGAUUGUUGGGGAGGUCCGAUCUCACAUGGAAGAGAACCAAAGAGUAGCUCGGCGGCGAAGGUUCCCGUUUGCCCGGGAGAGGAGCGACUCCACUGGCUCCAGCUCUGUCUACUUCACGGCCUCCUCGGGAGCCACGUUCACAGAUGCUGAGAGCGAAGGGGGUUAUACAACAGCCAAUGCCGAGUCUGACUACGAGCGAGACUCUGACAAGGAGAGUGAGGAUGCGGAAGAUGAAGUGAGCUGCGAGACCGUGAAGAUGGGGAGAAAGGAUUCUCUGGACCUGGAGGUGGACAUGGAGGCAGCAUCGGGUCUGGUACCCAGUGCUCUGGAGGCUGGAGGUUCCCUGGGCCUGGAGGAUGUGCUGCCCCUCCUGCAGCAGGCGGACGAGCUGCACCAGGGCGAUGAGCAGGGCAAACGGGAGGGCUUCCAGCUGCUGCUCAACAAUAAGCUGGCGUAUGGAAGCCGGCAAGACUUUCUCUGGCGCCUGGCCCGGGCUUACAGUGACAUGUGUGAGCUCACUGAGGAGGUGAGCGAGAAGAAGUCAUAUGCCCUAAAUGGAAAAGAAGAAGCAGAGGCUGCUCUGGAGAAGGGGGACGAGAGUGCUGAAUGUCACCAGUGGUAUGCAGUGCUUUGUGGUCAGCUGGCUGAGCAUGAGGGCAUCCAGAGGCGCAUCCAGAGUGGCUUUAGCUUCAAGGAGCAUGUGGACAAAGCCAUUGCUCUCCAGCCAGAAAACCCUAUGGCUCACUUUCUUCUUGGCAGGUGGUGCUACCAGGUCUCUCACCUGAGCUGGCUAGAAAAAAAAACUGCUGCAGCCUUGCUUGAAAACCCUCUCAGUGCCACUGUGGAGGAUGCCCUCCAGAGCUUCUUAAAGGCUGAAGAACUACAGCCAGGAUUUUCCAAAGCAGGAAGGGUAUAUAUUUCCAAGUGCUACAGAGAACUAGAGAAUAACUCUGAAGCUAGAAGGUGGAUGAAGUUGGCCCUGGAACUGCCAAAUGUCACUAAGGAGGAUUCAGCUUUCCAGCAGGACCUGGAAGAAUUGGAAGUGAUUUUAGGAGAAUAAUCAAAUUUCAAUGGCCUUCAUGACACCACUACUUAAGGGGGGAAAAAAAAAAAUCAAGGCUUUCUUCCUUAGACUCUAUAUUCUAAUCUCUUACCUAAUCUAAAACUGGGGAAGUACUUGCCUGCUCUCCCCCUUACGUGAAUUUUUGAAAAAUCAAGAGUAGUCUAGCACCUGCCCUAGGGUUAAGAAUGGUGGAGCCCUGAAGGCUGCUAGAGCUGAGAGGAUGAAGUAGCAGCACUGUGCUGGUGAAGUGGAUGGACUUCAAAACACUACAGGAACAAAGCACAGAACUUGUCACUCUAAUCUUUUUCACUAAUACUCAACACCUAUGUAUACACAGUCCUAAGAUCACUACUUACGGGGUAAAAGCAGAGGCCAGAACAGCCCACGGAUGUUGCCGCCUUAUCACCUAUCAUGUGGAUUCUACCUGUAUUUCUGGGCUGGACCACUUGACUUUGUGUCCUGGAAGCUCUUGAAAUGACAGGAGUGGCAUAGGGUUUAUGAAACUGUAAAACAAUGAUCUGAAGAGUUGCCUGGAAUAUAUUUUGGUACAAACUUGAAAUAAACACAUUUGAUUGGAAGUGA